CUUGAUGCGCCCCCUGCGGAUGCGGUGCGGUUUGUUUCAUUUUCUCAUCACAGCAAACUACACGUGCGUGCAAAGUUCCUAAACGUUAUUACGAUAAUAAGUGAAUAAAAUUAUCAAAAUGGGCAAAAUCAAGGUAGAAAAGCCCGACGGUGAUGCUAUGGAUACUUCAAUCGUCAAGGAAGAGGACACCUACGACGAGAAACUGCGAAACGCCAAUGCCAUCUCCCAACCAAUGGCUUCCAAAAAGUUGACCAAAAAGAUUCACAAACUGAUAGAAAAAGCAUCUAAACACAAAACUUAUCUACGGAAUGGAUUGAAGGAUGUUCAGGUCCGGCUACGCAAAGGAGAAACCGGGUUGGUUAUCUUCGCGGGUGACGUGAGCCCAGUGGAAAUCAUGUGUCAUCUACCUGGCGUUUGCGAAGAGCGUAACAUUCCCUAUUGCUACACCCCGAGUCGAAAAGAUCUGGGAGCUGCCAUGGGAGUCAAGCGAGGCACGGUUGCGAUGCUGAUCCGGGAACAUGCCGAUUAUCAGGAUCUGUACGAUAAGUUGAAGGUUGAGCUGAGUGGACUUCCGAUUCCUUCGUGAAGGAACACCAUGAGUAGGUUUGUUCAAACCCGUAGACGGUAAGCGAAACCUUUAUUAGAACAUAAACCUUUUGAUUUAAAGCUUUUAUAAUUUUUGAAUUCAAUACAUAUACGACAUUGAUUAAAGUUGUAUUGCACUAUAUUUUUCAUUAAUAAGUUUGCGAGUAUAGAAA